CGUUUCUUAAUGCAAGGUUUUCGAAGGAUACAAUUAUUGGCAUUUUAAUGAUAACUAAAUUUUUGCUCUUCUCCUCCAUGGCUCUGGGAUUUUGCCAUUUUGACACAUGUCAAAUUCGGUAAUCCCAGUUUUCGGUAAUCAUAGGCGGAGAACUCAGCGGCACUAAGUCCAGAGCAGUCUUUGUGGAACCAUCUGGAACACGUUCCAGCACAUUGGAUCUUAUAUUGCAACUUAGUUAAGUUACGAUUGCACUUGCCGCAACUAAUAGAUUUCCUUCUGUUAGUCAUAAUCCUAAGUCCGGAACUGCUCCACGUCUCAAAGUCCAAACUGGGAUCGCCCACGUAUUAGAGCUUCUAAGUGCAGUUGACUGCGUAGGUCGUAAACUAAAGCUGAGACUUAGUAAAACUCACCCAGUUACAAGAAAAACUAACAAAAUUAGGCAAAACACUUGGAGAGCAGCUAAUACGUCUUGUGCAUGCGAUUGUUGAGUUAAGUUAUAAGUCAUUUGGUAUCUAAAAUUUUAAUAUUGUCUGUUCUACAACAUUCCAACAAUUCUUGAUCCUCAAUUUCAAAGUCUAACCGGAGGCCGCCCCUCCCUGUAUCACUUAUGUCUGUUCAAAAAGCAAGGGAAUGCUAUAAGCUUCUACAGAACGGAAGGCAAAAAAACAGGCUAAAAAUCAAGUCAAAAAAGCCAAAUUUCAAGCAAGAAUUUUAGAUUUUUAGCAGAAAGCAGUUCAAACACAGCCUCUAGAAAAAUUCAAUGCGUACAGUAGCAAACUCACUGUCAAUACUUAUUUAAAGAUUUACCUGUCAAUAUUCGCUAACCUUAACAAAUUAUUGUCGCCAGCGCCCCCGCAACUCGAACAGAUGUUUUGCCCGCGUAAAACUUUCUCCUUUUAAUGGUUUUGACGUUUGACACCGAGUUGAUUUUCUAACCUUAAUAAACCCCGUAUUGUCGUAACGGGAGUAAACAACAAUAAAAAAAUAUGUUAUAUGUUUAUUUUGAUUAAGCUUGCUACGAAAAUACUGAACUGAUAUCUAGUAUCUAAAAUUAUGGAUGAUGGAAAACGUAAAAAUAAAGUUCAAGGCGAGAAUAAGAAAUCCAAAAACGAUACAUUAAAAGCGACAAUAUCAUUGUAUCUUCACAGGAGGCAACUUGUGAAUGCAAAACCGAGAAAUAUCUCAAAGAAAUCUUUAAUGAAGCAAGCUGUUUUGGAUAGUAGUAUCAGCAGAGCAAACUCUGUACUGGAUCAUUUUGUUAGUGAUAGUGACUCUUUACUUGUCGAGUAUAGUAUAAUGUUUCAAAGGUUUGUGAGCUGGUUAAGAGAAAAUGUAACCAUGAAAAAUGUAUGUCAGGAUCUUCAAAUGCUUGUUGGACCGUUAUUUUGUCACUUCUACAUUGACAUUCGAAGCUGUGGGAAGCCGCAUGAAGCUAUUGCCUCUAGUAAUACAUUCUAUAGAACUAAUAUUGAAUUUGUUGAUGGAAUGGACUAUGAUAAAACAAUAAAAGACUUUUUUAAAGCCAUUCAACAUGUGGCAGAUGAUGUAGUGCAGAAUGGUUUUGAAAAUGGUGCUGAUGAUAUACCAACAUUUGAGGUGUUAAGGGAUAAAUUGAGAUCCUGUAAAAUUAUACAUUAUGUAUCAGAGGAUUCUUCCAAACUUCUUAUGAAAUAUGUUAGCAGUUUAUCAGAAUCUCAUGUGAUGCUUUUACAUGCUCUACAGUUGUGGUUUGAGUUACGAAUUUUUAAUAAAAAGGGUUGCAAGAAAAAAGUAAAGAGAGAAUCUCCGAAGAUACACAUUCCCUAUCAGAAACCUAUAUUAACUAAAACACAGAGAAAGCAGCUACAAGAAGAGGAAGAAAAGGAGUUAGAAUAUUACACUCAAUGUGAAAAACUUUUGUUAGAUGCAAGGGAAAAAAGAAAGAAUGAUAUAAUAGAGAAGGAAAAGCAGGCAAAAAUUGAAGCAGAAAAUAAAUUUGAAUUUGAGAAGCAUUUAAAAUAUAUGGAAGAGGAAAGAAAGAAACUAGAACUAAAAAGAGAAGGAUAUAAAAAAGUAGAGACCAGAAUAAUUGUAGAAAAACCUGAAAUGCCAAGUGUACCUGAAGAAGAUACCAUAGUAAUAGCUGAGGAUGGGAUAAAAAACACACAAAUUAAAGGUGAAAUUACUUGUAAAGAUGAUAAUGAUAGUAAGAAUGACUGUAGGCUAACAGAAGAAAAUAAGACUGAUCGUAUGGACAUUGAAGUAGAUAAACCUGAGCCAUCAAUUUGCAAUGGUAAGCAAAAUGAAACCAAAUCAAUAUCGAAGUUACAAAAAAUUAAAAAUGUCAUUAAUAAAGUAAGCAGAAUACCAGCAAAUGUUUCUAAUUAUACAGUGUCAAACAAUAAAAAUAGAAUCAACUGUGGAAUAUUUAAAAGCAAUAUAGGUCUGGCAGCAUUGGCCGAAAAAAACAUAAUGUGGACAUUACCACUUAAAGAGGAUGCUUUUUUAAAUACUACUAUGCCUUUUCUAACAUAUGUAAAGGCUGUAAACCAUUCAAAACAAAUAUAUUGCAUGACAGUUUGUUCUAAUAAUACUUAUUUAUGUACAGGAUCGGCAGAUAAAACCAUAUGUGUAUAUAGUGUUAAACAUUUUAAGUUCCUUAGACGACUUUGGGGACAUUUUAGUUCUGUGUAUUCAGUAGCAAUAAAUGAUACCUCUAAGUAUCUUGCAUCAGGAUCUUCUGACAACACUGCUAGACUUUGGAAUAUUAGAAAUGGAAAAGUUUUGAGAGUUUUUGCAGCACAUGCAGGACCAGUAACUACUUUACAUUUUCAUCCAAAUUCUUUAUAUUUGGCAACAGGCUCAGCUGACAAAAAUGUUAGGAUUUGGAAUAUUAGUACAGGAACUACAGUAAGACUUUUGCAUGCUGCCAAGAAACACAUUUACUCGGUUGCAUUUUCACCAACUGGAAAUAGUAUUGCUGCUGCAAGUGAUGAUAAAAAAAUAAGAGUGUGGGAUAUAAUAUCUUGUAAAGUAAUACAUGAAUUUAAGAACAAGGAAUCAUCUAUAAAGCUCUUGUUGUGGAGCAGAGAUGGAAAGCAUUUGUGUGGGGGUAGUUUCUCAGGAGUUAUUAAAAUCUGGGAAUUAAAAGUUAAAGACAAAGAUAGUAUUAAAGAGCAGAAGCAUGUUGAGUUAGUGAUUAGAAGGCGUACCGAUGGUAUAAUACUUUCCCUUGAUAAUACUCUUGGUAAUUGGAGUUGUUUGUCACUAGCUAAGGAUACUGCUGUCGAAGAUAUAUGAAUGUCAGUAACACUACAUCAUUAUUAUAUAACUAUUAUAGAAAAUUUAGAUUUACAUUGUGUUCAACUUAAAUCUGUUUUUUCUAUGGUUAUGUUUUGUAAAUUUUUGCACACUAUUCCUACCCGCUCUUAUAGUUAAAUCUGUAUGUAUUGGUAUAUAUUGUUUUUCAUUUUAUAUAUUCUGUUGACAUUUGUCAUUGAACUUUUAGCAAUGUCAAGUAUCUGCACCAGAAUGUAGCAAUUUUUUAAACAUGGUCAUGAAAUAUGACAAUUUAAUAAAAGAAAACAGUUAUUCUAUAAAGUGUAUAGGUUUAUGUGCGCGAGUAUUAUAAGUACAACAUUAUUAUUUCCAGUAUCAAAUAAGGAGAUGAAAAGGAUUUUAAUGUUUUUUAGAAUAGUGUACUUUUCAGUUACCAUCUGCAUUUUUUUGUAAUUGGAUGUUUGGUUGUUUUUUCAUAGGAUAGUAUAAAACUUCAGGGCAAAUUACUUCCAAUAUUAAUAUUAUAAGAAUACUAAGUAUUUUAUUUCAUUUUUUUGUAUCAUACCUAUGCAAGCCAUUGAGUUUUCUUAAAUUAUUUUCAUUUUCUUUAUUUUGAUAUUUGAAUACUUAAAUGUAAUAUGAAUGUAGAAAAAUAAU